CAACAUGCAACUUUCAUAUAUCAUCGCUUCUUUAGUAAUUGCCGUUUCUGUAUCUGCUACUGAGCCUACUCGAUUCUCAUGCGUAUAUCAAAGUUGUAUUUUACCGAAUAUUGAAUUCGGUCCAUGCCUUUCAUUGGGAGGUCGGUUGGAAAAUUGUGACAAACCAGCAAAUAAUAUGAUUUGUGCAACAUGUACAUUUGAUGAUAGAAUACCACCUGCAAAUGUUGAAACUGCUAAAUAUUUUCUUAUGGAUACGUGUGUAAGCCAAGGUGGCGUGCUUAUUAGUAAUCCUUCAGGACUGAGAAACUGUUAUUGAGGAUAGAUAAGACCGCUUAUUUGAUUUUUAAACUUCACAAAUAAAACUUUAUUCAUUUUGUC